GCCACCCACUCUCUCCAAACUUUCUCAUCUUUUACACCCAUUUUUCUAAAUAUUUUCACAAUUCUUAUUGCAUCUAAUAAACUCGUUUUACAGAUGUGGGAUAGGCCAGUUAGUUAGAGUGUGAGUUUGCCUCGUUGAAUUCAAGUUUGAGUUUUUAAGCUAGUUGACCACCAUACGUGUCUGUCUCUCUGCACUCAAUCUUAAUCCCUCUGUGUAAAGGAUUUGAGUAUUUUAGAAUAUCGUAGUGUAAGAAAAUCUAAUACAGUGUAUUAGGGAGCAAGUGUGAUCAUCCACUUAGAACUUCACUCUCAUUUUUUUCUGUUUCUGCCUGCUUCAUAUGUUUGUUGAAACUUUCUCAAAUGCUCAACUUUGGACAUUUUAUUUUCUUUUAUCUCGUAUGAACUUUCUUUUUUGUAUUUUAUCUUAUCUCGGUUUCUCUAAAAUCUCAGAAAUUUCCCAUCAUCCAAUCUGAUUCUGUCAUAACUCACAACUGUGUUUCAUCUUUAAUGAUCCCCAAAUAGUUACCAUCAUUCUUAAAUAUAGGUUGGAAGUUUUCAAUUCCUGCUUUAUUGGGUUCUUUUAUUUUGCAGAUUUCAGAAACUUAACUCCUUCAUGAAGCACUUCUGAGAAAAGCGAUUUUGUAAUGGGGUGUUUCAGAUCAUUUCUGCUGUUCUGUUUUGCAUGGAGCUUCUUACUUCUAGGCACUCAUCAACUCCAAUCCUCACAUACCCAAGUGCUUCUGCAGCUCAGAAAGCACUUAGAGUACCCAAAACAACUAGAAAUUUGGAACAAUCACAGCUUAGAUUUCUGCUCGAUUUCUUCAUUUGGUCAAGUAAACAUUACAUGCUUGGACAAUCUUGUAAUUGAGCUCAGAAUCAAGGGUGAUAAGAUUAAGCAAUCCAAAGAAAGCGGCUACUUCAACGGCUUUCCAAUCCAAAGCCAAACUUUAUCAGAUUCUUUUUCUUUGGAUUCUUUUGUCACUACCCUUUCAAGGCUAAACAGUUUGAGAGAUCUUAGCCUUGUGUCUUUGGGCAUUUGGGGACAACUUCCAGAUAAGAUUCAUAGGUUGUCUUCCCUUGAACAUCUCGAUUUGAGCUCGAACUUUCUCUUCGGUUCAAUCCCACCUAGGAUUUCCGCAAUGGCAAUGCUUCAAACUUUUAAAAUCGAUGAGAAUUUCUUAAAUGAUACUAUCCCUGAUUGGUUUGAUUCGCUUUCCAAUCUUACAACUCUGAGCUUGAGGAACAACAAGUUGGAAGGUAAAUUGCAAGAUCUUAGUAGCCUAACCAGUUUACAAGUGCUAGAUUUGAGCAGGAACAAAUUGAACUCUGUGUUGCCUCCAAUGCCGAAAGGGUUGGUCAUGCUUUCCGUCAGUGAAAACUCCUUCUCCGGCAAGAUUCCAGUGAAAUAUGGCAAGUUAAGUGGACUUCAACACAUUGAUAUGUCACACAAUGCACUUAUAGGCACACCCCCUGCUGCAGUCUUCUCUUUGCCUAAUAUUAGUUACUUGAACUUGGGGUCAAAUCUGCUGAGUGGCUCGCUUUCGGGCAAUCUAAUCUGCGGUAGCAAGCUUAAUUUCAUCGAUAUAUCGAAUAAUAGUUUGACGGGUAAGUUGCCUUCAUGCUUAAGAAAUGAAUCAGAAGAGAGAGUUGUGAAGUUUGGUGGGAAUUGUUUGUCCAUUGGUAUGCAAAACCAGCAUGAACAAGCACACUGCACGGAAGUGAUCAGCCUGAAGAAGAAAGAGUCCGGAGGGAACAAUGUAGGGAUCUUGGUGGGAGUGAUUCUAGGAUUAGUUGUACUUAGUGUGCUUCUGGUUUUAGGGUUUAUCAUUUUCUGCAGAAGAUAUUGCCUUCGUGGGAUAUCGGAGCAGCAUUUGCUGCAUAAAUCAGUGCAGGAAAAUUCAGCAGUUGGGUUUUCGACCGAGCUUCUAACAAGUGCAAGAUUUAUUUCACAAGAUGGAAAGGUAGGGAUACAAGGCCUCCCUGUGUGCCGGACAUUUUCUUUGGAAGAGUUGAUGGAAGCUACGAAAAAUUUCAACAGCUCUGCCUUUUUGGGUGAAGGUUCAUAUGGGAAGCUUUACAAAGGAAGACUAUACAAUGGGACUCAAGUUGCUAUAAGGUGCCUGCCUUUGUCGAAAAAGUACACAAUUCGAAAUGUUAAACUUCGGUUGGAUCUGCUUUCCAAGCUUCGGCACCAGCAUUUGGUGUGUCUUUUAGGGCACUGCCUCGAUGGUGGUGGACAAGAUGAUUACAGUCCGAACAAGGUCUAUCUUGUAUCUGAAUAUGUCCCCAAUGGGACAUUCCGCGCUCAUCUCUCUGGGAAUAGUCCUGGAAAGGUUCUCAACUGGUCGGAGAGAUUGGCAAUUCUAGUUAGUGUGGCCAAGGCCGUGCACUUCCUACAUACCGGAAUUAUUCCUGGUUUCUUCUGCAACUGCCUAAAGACGAACAAUAUCUUGCUCGAUGAGCAUGGUAUGGCAAAAUUGAGUGACUAUGGACUGUCCAUUCUCGCAGAAGAAACCAAUAAAUCCACGGCAAAAGAUGGCCUAACAUCAUGGCAAAUGACAAGUUUAGAGGAUGAUGCUUAUAGCUUCGGAUACAUACUACUCGAGGCUCUCGUUGGAUCUUCCAUGCCUUCUCGAAGAGAAGUAAUCCUUCAAAAUAAUAUGGCAUCACUCAAUAGCCAAGACGGGCGGAAGCAGAUAGUUGAACCGGCUAUUCUAGCCACAUGCUCACAAGAGUCUCUGUCGAUCGUGAUCUCUAUAAUGAACAAAUGCAUUUGUCCAGAAUCGAGCCGUCCAUCUUUCGAGGACAUCCUUUGGAACUUACAGUACGCAGUUCAAGUGCAGGAAGAAACAGCAGAUGGAGACCAAAAGAUUUGACACACUGCAUCGCAUUCAUCGAGUUUUAUUUUUGUAGCCUCUCCAAAUCACCGCCACUCCAUUGAUUUUCAGAAUAUUGAUUUUGGGGCUAAAUAAACAGGUGAAUAUGUGAAAUUUUUUAGUGUGAUCGUCAAUAGUCCACCAAUAUUAUUCAUUAAUAUUUUCUAAAAUAUAGAGACAUCUGACCGCCACAUUGAGUUGUAUACCUAAAAAAAUUUGGGCCAA